GGAAAGAAAGGGAGAAAGAAGAGGGCCUAGAGAUAAUUGCUAAAAGUGGGAGAAGAGGUGAAUUAAUACAAAAGGGGAGACUGUGGGAGAUAUCUACUUUGGUAGACAGAAAUACGGAAUAAGUUAUCCACCAUGACCCAGAAUAAAAAAUACAACUCAGGCUCCCUAAAUAAUCAGACAAGGAGAAAUUCGGGACAGGACCACGAAAUGGAUCUGAGAGAGCUCAUCUUGAGCCUAAGGGGGGACAUAGGGGAAAUGAGGAGGGAAUUUACAGAAAUGAAAAGUGACCUGAAUGAGAAAGUGAAGAGUCUGGAGGAAAAAUUUGAUAAAAUGGAUACAAAAACAGAGGACAAUGCAAAUUCAAUAAAAGAAUUAGAGUCCCAAAUGAAAGAAGUAAUAGAGGAAAAUAAAGAAAUGAAAAAAGAGGUAGAGGAACUCAAAACAAAAAUUUCACAGUUAGAGGAAGCAUCAAAGAAAUCAACCAGAGAGUACAGAGAGCAUAAAAAAGAAAGUGAAAAGAUCAGGAAGGAAAAUGAGGAGUUCAAGAUAAAACAAGAAGCGACAUGGGAUGCACUGUCGAUCUUACAGAUGCAAGCCAAGGAAAGGAUUCUCAGAUUAAGGGGAGUGCCAGAAAAACAGGAAGAAGAUAUACAAAAAUUAAUAAUAGUGCCACUGGCGAAAUGGAUAGGAAUAAGUGAGGAAAAAAUGAUGGAAAACACAGAAAGUAUAUUUAGAGUAAAUUCUAAAAAGGCAAAAGCCAACAGAUGGCCUGGGGACUGCCUAAUCACAUUAACAUCAAACAAAAUCAGAAAUAUGAUGCUUCGAAAUAGAAGGAAAAAUCCAUUGAAAAUAGAAGGAGAGGAAAUCAUAAUACUAAAGGAGAUCCCGCCACGCAUACUUAAAAAGAGGGAAAAAUACCACUUCCUGGUAAACGCCCUGAACUCGAAAGGAAUAUACUAUAAAUGGGAAAUCCCGGAAGGGAUUACCUUUACCUUCAAAGGAAUAAGGAAAAGAAUAGAAAGGUUAGAGGAUGCAGAAAAAUUCCUAAGAACAUAUAGAAACGAUUUUGGGGGUGACAGACAGAUAGCAGAAAGAGAGCCCGGCCCAGAAAAUGCAAAACAAAGACACACAGAUCAGGAAGAAGACGAGGAAAGUGAAUAAAGACAGAGCGAAG